CCUGUUGUUACAAAACAUCAUUCACCUGUUGGCUGCUGGACUCGCACAUGUCCUGCAUUUGACCUUGUCAACAAGAAGGUUGUAAUGUUCAAGGACUCUUGGUGGGUGUCAUUGCCUGAUGUCUUACCGGAAGGCGAGACCUACAAGUUGUUGAUGUCACACAAGGUCUCCAAUAUCACAAGCUGUAUUGCAUAUCACAAUGUACCCCCCUCUAUCCCUCAGCAAUCCACUCAAACUGCUAAGUUCAGAUGCGCUAAAUGGGCAAGUUUCCAGUCACCCCUCACUCUACACACUCUUCACCAUCUGGUCCUCAAUAUUGUGGGCAAAAAAUUGACUGACUUCAAGAGUUCUUGUCAACUUACUCUGUCUGUGCGUGACGCACUGAUUGCUCACAAGGACACAUUUGAACGUGCGCAGGUGUUACAUCACGACCUUAGUGUUGGAAACAUCGUCAUUUACAAAGGGAAGGGCUAUCUCAUUGAUUGGGAUCUAGCAAAGCUA